CUUAGCUGAAAACACAGAUGUUACGUUCUCUAGUGCGUCUGCUCUUUUUGCACUUAAAACAAAACCACAGCGUGGAAGGGCCUCACUAUUUACACGUUUACCGUCACACAUUAGUCACCAUUCAUGAACAUGGCGACGUGCGUGCCCUUCCAAACGCAGUUAUCCUCAAUAAUGGAGGUCCUGGUGAAGGCAGCAGUGGCAGAGAUCUCCAAACUAGUCGAUGACAAAUGUGCGUUUCUGCAUCUGGACAUAAACAGAAAGCAAAGCGAGAUCGAGAUGCUCAAGAGGAAACUGUUGACGAUGGAGAACAAAAAUGCGCAGCUGCAGCGCGGCUUUGAAAACUACAUGGACAGAGGAACCGAUGUAGGAACCAACUGUCCACAUUCCACAGGGAAUAUUAAGUUUCCAGAGAUUGAAGACGCAGCGGUUUCUUUUACAAUUAAAGAAGAGAGUCCAGAUGAACCGCUAUGGAUCAGCGAGGCUACUGGACCCAUUGGUGGUUCUGUGCAGUACCCUCAUCCAGCUAAUGCUCCAGGAAGCCAGCACGUUGAGGAGGACUGUCAGUUAGCUCACCCAGAGGUCGUGAGGCUAAAAACCGCAGAGUUUGGUGACAUGUACAACUCUGGUCAACAUACAGGAGAAGUUAGUGGUCUUCAUUUCACCAUCAAGACUGAGAAAGAGGAGAACCGGUCCGGGUUCAGUCAGGAUGGAUGCCAGCACAACGCGGGGAAGCAACUUGCUGCCGAGUUUUCCAUGGAAGAAAGAGAGAAUCAACUGUGGUCGUCCAUAAUCGAAGGUAACGACAUUGACACUGGUUUUCCUGACUUUUCUAGUAUGGUGGAGGAAUACUCCACCGCGUUCCCAGAGCAUUCAGACAAUAACGUGGCCUCUAGUACUAACAAGUCCACUAGUGUCCCGCAGUCGUCCUCUCAGAGGACGUGCAACGGGAUCUACGGCAGCGAGUUUCAGAAGGACGCUCCACAGUCGUCCAGUUUUCAGAGCCGACCUCAGGGUGACCUUUCACAGCAGGACAGGCCGAAGGAGCAAAUGUUCCCACAGAGAAACAUGUCGCAGGUUGCACACCUGAGGCAGCCUGAUGAGCACCAGGAGAGGGACAACACGGCUGGGGACAGACCGGUCGUAACUCAAUCACACAAUACUUUCACACCAGGCAGCUUCCACACUCACCCUCCUCACAAACCUUUUCACGGCACGGCGCGCGGCUACGUUUGCCUGCAGUGCGGAAAGACGUUCGGCCGCCUGCAUCAGUUCAAGCUGCACCAGCAGAGCCACAAGAGGAAGCGGUCGUUCUGGUGCACGGUGUGCGGGAAGAGCUUCCAGUGCUCCUCCCACCUCAGCAUACACCACCGCACGCACACGGGCGAGAAGCCGUACGGCUGCGGUCAGUGCGGGAAGAGGUUCACGCAGCAGAGCAGCCUGAGGGUUCACCAGCGCACGCACAGCGGCGAGCGUCCGUACAGCUGCGCGCAGUGCGGCAAAACCUUCAUCCUGAUGCACCAUUUGAAACGUCACAGAAUCAUUCACACCUACAGCUGAGCGCGGCGUCGCUCAGGUGAAAGGACACCAAUGACCGUUGAAAUGAAAAUUGGAAAACAACCAAUGAACAGCGACUUUCUUUGAUCCGUGACCGUGUGACGUUGCUCACUGACUUUCAAUUUUAAUGCAUAUUUUACUAUGCAAAGUCCAUCUGGAUGGAUUUUAAUAUUUAAUCUUUUUUUUUGUUUUUUUAAGAAUAUGAAACUUAAAUAACCCUUUAAAUCAAGUUCACACUUGUCUGCAUUUUUUAAGAGUGGGGAUAAGAAACUCAAAUUUGUUAUUUUUCCCUUAAAACUUAGUGAAUCAAUGCAGAAAAAUCAAUAAUCAGACAUUUUUAAAAAAGCACCUCAGCUGUUUUUCCUCUAUCUUUCACUCACACUGAUGUGAUGGUAAAGUCUUGUACCUAAAUGCACGUGUGUGUGUGUGUGUACGUGCACAAGUCUACAUUUCAUCAUCCGCCCAGACUGUAUGUAUCGGCUGUGCAUGUUAACUGAAGCACGACACUUUACAAUCCAGUCUUGUUUUGGUCAAAAAAGACGAUUAAGGCGAUUUUUAAAAGCGAGUUUGACCCUGACUUUCAAAAGAAUGAGCAGAGAGCUAUAAAUAAUGUUUAAAUGAAUGAACUGAGGACUCAGCUGAUCGCUGCAGUGUGGUUUCCUCUGUGCUCCAUUUCAUAAGGAAGGAAUUUUGUUGUUCUCAUUCACUCAUCUCCUCCCGCUUUCUUCUCCACGUGAGGGUCACCCUAACCCUAAUCCUAACCACAAAUCUGCAUGUUUUUGGACAAGGGAAGCGUAGAAAUCCCACGCACACAUGCAAACUCUGUGCAGAAAUAGGCUCUCGUUCUGACCGCGUCACGAACCCAGGUCUUCUUGCUGCAAAGGCAAGAGUGCUCACAUCGAAACAAAGAGCCCUAUUACUGCUAGACUGAGUUUAAUUCUGCCUCAAUUCAUAUCAAAUAUGUACCAAAUAUGUUAAAGAACGUAACAUAAUCUCAUCUGUAAUCCAGCCUACAGAUUCCCGCCCCUAGUGUUUUUUUAAGAUCAUGCUUCCAAACCUAAAUAAUCAAAGUGUACAAUGUGGACUCAUGACUUUCCUGCAGACACAGGCCACAGUUUGUUGAAUCUUCUAAUGUGGAAAUGAGCAUUAUUUCAUAUCCGCGUUGAAACUACAAGCACAGGAUGCUCCUCGUCAUCAUCAUAGUUCCUCUUUACAGUCAGAUUAUUUUAAAGUACCUCUCAGGUUUUUUGGUUUCAUGUCAAUAUUGUUGCCUGUCUUAAGUUUAAUUUUCUAUUUAAAUUCUACCCCAAAGUCCUUUUGCUCUUUGUAAUGAUUUAUAUUAAAAAAUGUUAAAACCAGAUAAUGAAUUUAUUAUUAUUAUU